GUUUGUUUCAUCAUGGCGGCCUCCGGUGGUGCAGCAACUCAAGCCGCCAGGCAAGUCUGGAAACUAAUCGUGUCUGGGAAACGCUUUGAAGGCGUCCUCAAUAAAGUUAAUAUAACAUCAGCAAGUCCAGGCAAGUGCAGCUGUGAACUGACCGUCGGAGAAGAGCAAGCCAAUCGGCGCGGCUCACUGCACGGGGGCUUUGUUUCCACGUUGGUCGACACGCUGACUACUGUCGCUGUCCUGUCCUCUCCUGCCGGGGUACCAGGGGUCAGCGUGGAGCUCAGUGUCAGUUUUAUGCAAGCUGCCAGGAUUGGGGACCAGCUAACUAUGGACGCCGAAGUGAUCAAAGCCGGCAAGAGUUUGGCCUUCACCAAAGCCAACCUCUACAACUCCAAAGGUGACAUCAUUGCUGUAGGGAAUCACGUCAAACACGUUGGCAGGAAGGACACCCCUGAAGACCGCAUCGAGUUGGACUGAUAGUGUUUACUGAAAUAUUCUACAUUAGGUUUCUCCUGUUUAAAGCUAUGUGAACACCUGUCAUUUGGAUACUCUAGCCCUGUGAAGGACUUGGGGCAAGUUGGAAUGGCGAGUAGAGUUCACUAUAGUGGAACUAGUAUCGCCAGUUUCAAAUGACUACUUUCUAAAAUAAAGGGUUAAUUGCAUGAAAAUAAUUGUUUGAGCUGGCAGAGACUAUGAUGAAUGCAACAAGGGGUGACACCAACGGCAAACUGCAAGUGAUUUGAGUUGGAAUCUUGCCAAAUAGUCCUGCCAGGGUCAUUCGAGCAGGAUUGGUUUGCGUAUUGGUGAGAAGCAGUCGCUGUUGGCGUCUGAAGAUAGCCGGCUGUGUUGGCUCUCUGAAGAAAGAGUCCUAGUGAUACUACCUCAAUAAUGGUCAGUUUAUGAUAUCCCCAAAUGCUAUACCACAGUAUUGUGAAAGAAGAACAAGAAGAACGCUGCAAAUUGCUAAUGUGGUGAAUUCACUUUCAGAAAUGAGGCUAUCCAUUUAGCUGCCAUUUUGGGAUGAUGUUGAAGCUAAGCUCGUCCUCUGCCUCCAUUUUUAGGAUUUUCUCUAAGGUUGUGAUAUGCAGUUCUAAGGGCACAUGCUCCCAGGAAAGUUGAUUCACUGUCAGAAAAAAACGAGAAAAUACACCUGUACCUUUAAUUGGUAAAGGGCAGGGCAGGGGAGUUGAGCUUAAAGGCUCAGUUCAUUAACAUAAACCGAGCGUAAUGUACACCUGUCAUUCCUUGGUAUGAUUGAGCCUGUCCCCACACCUCUAGAUGUAUUCAUCUUGAAGAGAUCGAUGAUUUGCAUGUUUACAGGUAAUUGAAUUCUACAAAUAUUGGUUGAGCUGAACUUUCAUAGUUCAUGAUGUCUGUUUGCCAGGCAGGGGUCGUGUUAGAUGGUCAGAAUUGUUGGUAAUACCUAAAAAUUAUUAUUCUGUAAGAUUAAACUUGGUAUAAUGUUCACACCAACAGCAUUUGAGUUGCUAUGACGUACCGUAAAAGCUGGUCAGUAUCGCAAACAGAUACAAACUGUCGGCAAACAGUCAGCAUCACCCAAUCGUCCCUGUCCCUUUCCCGGUCAUGGACUCUAGAGUGUGUGUCUAUAGUGGAUACAACUCCAAAUCCAGAUUAACAAUACUGCUUCGAAACGAAGGAAGACAUUGCACAUGUAUUCCGCGCUGAACACCAAAAACAAUGCGCGCAUGCUCAGUGGAAACUUGAACUUGAUUGCAGAAGAAAAGGUGGGAGUGCGCACAAACGGCAGUCACGAUUAAUUUAAACGUGUCCCUUAACCAAUAUUAAAUCGCCGAGAUUGUCUAAGUUUUGGAUAGACAAGUUGAAAAUUAGCGCUCUUGAAUCACUGUGCAUUUGAUUUGAGGUGAAGUUCCCACUGAAAUAAAGCCGAAUUAGAACACA